GCCUUGCCAUCUUUCCCCGCCCGUCCAGGCGAGCCCUCCAGCCUGUUCUCCAGCCCACAUCCACGACAGAGGCCCUCGCGCGCCGGCAUGCUCGCGCCUUCGAACCCGCUGGGCCGCCGCGACACCCAGGAGCGCGGUCGCUACAGCCACAUCAGCACUGACGCGUUCUCCGACGACAACUACCGCGACGGCGCGCACCGCCACGCCCCGCGCUGGACUUUGUUGUAUGCGGCCCCGGUGGGGGUCUACAAGGCCAGUGUAACGAAGUUUGGUCGCCGGAGAGGGCCUGCAAUGCUCGGAGCAUGUGUUCUGGUGCUGGUGCUGACCGCCCUGGCCUUCCACGGGCGGUUCGUGUCCGCGAAGCGCAGCUGGCCGCUGCUAGGGGCAACGAGUACGGUCGUGUUCGAACGGGACCAGCUGAGGAAGAUAUGGGAGUGGGAGAUCCUCUCGGGCCACUACCCAAGUACGCGUGCAAUCCCAGAUGUGAUCGGGUUCACGUCAGCACCGAGCAAUCCUGCUCUACCGUCGAGUGCUGCCCUGAAAUACCCCACAGCCUCCGAUGGUGGCGUCGUCACCUACACCGUCGGGACAGGCGCCGAGCGGAUAUACCCCGAGGUCAAGAACCGACAACCAGAGUUUGGUCAUCCGCCACGACCGAUACCCGGCAGUGUGGCCGACCUGGAUAUUAUCCUUGAGAAUUGUGACUUUGAAACCGGAAAGUAUGUCCGCGACUGCCAUGAGAUUCUACGGUUAGGGGCGGGCCUCGACAAUGCUGUUCGUCUACGGAGAGAGGACGUCGAAUACCUGCGAUACAUCUACGUGCUGGAUGGUGAAGGCGAUCACAUUACGCCUCGCAGCGUAAACACCGCAACACUAGAUGCUCCUCCAUCCAAGCGGGCUUCGUACGACUGGGAGCAUGACCUCCCUCUCCCGCCACAUUCCCAGUACAACCCCGCAAACCGCCAGUCAUCACCAUGCCCGGAAGACGACCCGCGAAUAUUCCACAUGUUCUGGGCUGGUCCGUUCACCGACAAGCCAUACAUGGCUAUGAUGGCGUUCCUCUACACUCAAAACCUGGGUUUACACCGCGAAAACCCCGCCUCUGAGAACACCAUUUGUCGCCCGCAGCUCUGGCUGUGGGUCAGCCGGGGUCCUGCCGAUACCAUGCCUAGCGAAACUGCGGACGAGGAGAUGCACGAGGAGCUACGGAGCAACCCCUGGGCUGCGCCGUUCCUCCACCCGCGCUUCAAAGAUGUCAUCCAGUUCCGCCUCUGGAACACGUCCGAGCAGCUGGACAGCAUCGACGAGCUCCGCGACGACUGGCGGAGCAUGAGCGACGAGCUGCUCAGCUCGGUCAAGGACGACGCGACGAAGUCGGUCGGGUCAAACGUCGCGCUCGACGGCAAGUCGAACGAGACGUUCGCGACGUACAACAAGCUGCCUGUCGUGCUCUCGGACCUCGUGCGCUUCGUGCUUUGCCACCGCUACGGCGGCGUGUACCUCGACGUCGACAUGCUCUUCCUGCGCGACUGGGAGGAGCUCUGGGGCUGGACGGGCGCGUUCUCCUACCGCUGGUCGCACGAGGACCGGUAUAACACCGCGGUGCUCCGCCUCCGCCGCGGGUCCGCGCUCGGCACGUUCCUCCUGCGCACCGCGCUCCGAAAUGGGCUCGACUUCCACCCGACGACCGUCUCGCGCUACCUCAAGGAGGCGCAUAUGGAGCGCCUGCUCUUCCGCGUCCCCGACGCGCUCUUCGACCCGGCGUGGCUGAACACGGACCACCGGAAGCCGCAUCCGUGGUCGAGCAUCGAGUACCUGCAGCGCGACCGCCCCGCACAACCGUUCUUCACCGACUUCGACAACUUCUUCAACACGCCCCCAGAGACGAGCGCAAUGCCAGCCGUGGUCGGGUUUGACGGUUUCUUCAGGGGCGCGUACAUGUAUCACUACCACAACGAAUGGUGGAAGCCCGUCGACGCCGCGAGGUUUUGGCCCGACCUCGGACCUCGGUUCGCCGAUGUGGAAAAGAUGGGGCGCGCGGCUAUCGAGGGCAAGGCGACGAACUUCCCGGUCGGCAUCGUGCACAAGGACAAGCGCGACCUGGACUGGGCGACCGUGCUGAAGCGCACGUUUGAGGCGUAUGUCCGUGGAGAGAGACCUAAUAUGUAUGGCGAGUGGAUCCGGUGGUGAUCCCUCCGCUCGACGAUAUAUUCCCCACCUAUGUGUACAUCAUCC